AUGGCAGAUAAGUGCGCUGUGGCUCAUGUUGCAAGUUCAAGCAGAGUAGCAAUACCCGUCUACCCUUACAUUUUUCGCCGCAUCUAUCUCUGUGGCCACGACGACGAGUUUGUUCAGGUCAUCAAGCCAAUUGGUCAGAACAAAGUUGUGCAUAUAUUCAUUUCACCCGAUCGACUCAAAGAGGCAGAGGGCAGGCUUGGAUACAUGCUCGCACAGUAUCGAGAGUGCGCGAGCGAGUUACGUCAAGAGCAUCAGAACAUGCAACAAGGUGGGAGAAAAACACGGUACCAACCGAUUGAUGCCUAUCAAGAGGAGAUGAUACGCGUUGAUCGCGGAUUUCUAAGGGAGGCUCGGACUGGUCUCGAGGCUGCACUGAAGCAGUUGGAUCAAGUCAGCUGCUGUGGCGCAGAAUACGAGGAGAGCAUGUCGAUACCCAAGGAGGUGGCUGGUGAUGAUGAUUCCGUCAAGGUGGUAAGGUUUCUCGAUGGUCGUCGCGUGGUUGACUCGCCCUUGCCCUCACCAGCACUACCAUCAAGGCCGACCACCGAGGGCUUUGACAGAAUCGACUCCCUCAACAACGGCGAGGCCGAAAGUGAGAGUGGCUGGUCAGAUUACGAUGUACAUUGGGACGAGCGCCGGCGGAAAGACAGCGCUUUCGAAGUCAGCGCACAGCCCGACCCGGCCAAGGAUGAUGCAUCGACAGCUGUGCCGGUAAAUGAGGCUGCUGAGCAACAAGAACCCAACGGUGAUGGUUAUAGCCGGGACCCGUGUACCCCAGUCGUCAUUACCUUCGGUCCGAAAAAGGACCUAGAUUGGCUCCGCUUCUCGUAUCUGAUCCGCAAUGACCAGCUGAGCUUUGACGACAUUGUCGCACUUGUAACCCGGUCUUUCCCAGACGACAACACUUCUAAAUUUAAAGAAGAUGUGCGGCAAAGAUCUUCGGUAGUGGAGACACCAGAUUCGGGCGACAUAGCGUUGAGCGUGCCUAUAUGUGAGCCGGGAAGCAUUCAGAAGAUUGCUACAUGCAACGUGUCACCUCUGGAGGAACAGCCACCUGCGUUUACAUUUGGGCAUGUCGAUGGCGUAACAAUUAGAAGGGUGACAUGCUCUGAAAUAAGAGACGAUGGCAGCGUGCAUUACUGCAAGCCAGCUCCUCUGCAGGCCCAAACAGAGGUUGGUCAAACAAGAAGUAGGGAAGUACUGGCUCGAGCGCAAAUCACAUUCCACACUCUCCUGUUCGUCCGAGAGGAAAAGUCCAAGGCAUUCUAG